GCGUGAAGCCGCGGCCUGCCCUGCGGUGGGGGGUGGGGGGAGCGGGGCGGGGCGAUGGAUAAACUGACCAUCAUCUCAGGAUGUCUCUUUCUGGCCGCCGAUAUCUUCGCCAUCGCCAGCAUCGCCAACCCGGACUGGAUCAACACCGGGGAGUCGGCGGGAGCACUCACUGUGGGCCUAGUGCGGCAGUGUCAAACAAUCCAUGGACGAGACCGGACCUGCAUCCCUCCCCGGCUGCCCCCAGAGUGGGUCACCACCCUGUUUUUUAUCAUCAUGGGAAUCAUUUCCUUGACUGUCACAUGUGGUUUGCUGGUGGCUUCCCACUGGCGAAGAGAAGCUACAAAAUAUGCUCGAUGGAUAGCAUUCACUGGAAUGAUCCUUUUCUGUAUGGCUGCCCUAAUAUUUCCAAUAGGAUUUUACAUCAAUGAAGUCGGAGGUCAACCUUAUAAAUUACCCAACAACACAGUAGUUGGGUCGUCAUAUGUACUUUUUGUCUUAUCAAUUUUCUUCACAAUAGUAGGACUUCUCUUUGCUGGCAAAGUCUGUUUACCAGGCUGACGAAUGUCUAAAUGGCUUAACCCGCUUUUAUUUUUUUUAUUUUUUAUUUUUUUUGUUUUUUAUUUCUAGAGGUUGGGAGGACAAAGAGAAGGCAUCUGAGCAGUCCUCAUAGGAAGAUGCUUAGAUAAACCUGAUGCUGAAAAGGAAAAAUUGUUUUGAUUUGUUCUCACUAUGCACUUUGGAUUUUAAAAAAAGAAUGAGAGCCUUUUCCAUAACCAAAUACAAUAUUGACUAAAUCUCCUGAGCAUAUUCAGGCAGUCAGUCUGCACUGUGAUAGCAACCUAGUGAAGGAGAGUGCUUUAUACUGAAAGCAUGUGGCCCCUUGUGACUCUGUUGAUCUGUUUUCAUGUCUAAUGAUUCAUUUGGGGGGGGGGGGAGUCUAGUAUUUAUGAAUCAUGAUGGACCAGUGGGGUGCAGGAGGUUCGUGUGGGGCUGGCCUCACCUCCUAAGACAUUAGUGUUCUCAACUUCUUUGUCGUGUUAGAGCCUUUGGCACCACAAUGGAUCGCCAUUGCAUUACUGCACCAAGAAGCCAAUAGAUCAAAACUUGUUUGCUAAAAUGUAUGUAAAAAUUCUAAAACUCCCUAAUCUCUGUGUACAAAAGAAAACACUAAGAAACAAGUUGGGGUGGGUGGGGGAAAUCU